UACCAAUACAAAAUGGAGGAGACAUUUCUUGCGUUCCAUCGCGUCUUAUCCUUCGCUGGCAUCCCAAUCUUUGCCAAAAACAAUUGGAAUUCUAAGCGGUGGUUGCUCCUUCAGAUCUUGAACUUCAUUGUAGGCAACUUAUGUUUCGUUUUUACCACUGGUUUUGUUGCAACCAGCUACACUGAUUUCCUUCUCUGCAUACAAGGAGCUUGUAUCUGGACAACGGGAGUCAUUAUGACCAUUUCCAUAUGGGUCUGUUUGAUCUUCAGAAAGAAGUUUCGAAGAUUUUUGGAGGAGAUGGCCUUUCAAGAUGGGAUGAUGGGAAUGCCUUUGAUAAAGCAUAUCUUUCUGGUCUCCUCAAAAGGAGAAAGAAUUAAUGAGUUAAGAGAACUGGUUAAUGAUUCGCAAUAUAAGUUGUUUAAGUAUACGAGGGUUUUGUUAAAGACGUAUGUUUUGAGCGUUUUUGUGUGCGCUACUUUGUAUCUUUGCACUCCAAUUUAUUUGAUGAUUGCGAGGGAGGAUAAAUCUUUGCGACUUUUGGCUUUUGACAUGUGGUUUCCAUGGAGUUUGGAAAAUUAUACCGUCUACAUUGUUUCCUUCAUAUUUCAUGCGUACGCUGGAUAUUUGUGUUGCAUUGCGUAUCCAGGUCUACAAUCAACAAUAAUCCUUCUCAUUGGUCAAGUAAUUCGUCAGACAAGGAUUUUAACAUUUAUUCUUCUCCAUUUGAAUGAGUUGGUUCUAGAAGUAACUGGAGUCCAAGAUGAAGAAUGGCAAACCUAUUGCACUUUGGUCCAUUCUCAGUGUGUGGAUCAUUAUGUGAAGAUUAAAAGGUUCAGCAAUCGACUCAACGUUAUCUGUCGUCCAUUUUACUUAACAUUGAUAUUAGUUGCUAUUAUGCUAGUUUGCAUGUGUUCUGUGAAAAUAGCAAUAUCGGAUAAAUUAUCAUUAGACACGAUGAAGUAUUACGUUCACGAGUUCUGUUUUAUUCUGAUGGUACUCAUGUUUUGUUUGUUGGGACAACAGGUUGAGAAUGAGUGUGAAGCAUUAGAGAAAGCAGCCACAGAGAAAUGGUAUAUCUUCAACAAGACACACAAGGUCAACGUGCUGAUAUUCAACAUGGCGCUCAGUCAGAGAAUGCCGAUAUACAUAUUCGGAACUAUUACUUUGUCUUUGCCGACGUUUACAUGGUUCAUUAAGACCGGGAUGUCUUUCUUUACUCUCGUGAUGUCAGUUUUAGAAGAAGGAGAAUACUAA